AUGCAUCAGGUAGGCGAUCCUUUGCAAAUCAACGAGGAGCACAAUCACGCUGAUGGUAUAUUGGCAGAGAAAAAGUUACCAUCUCUAGCCUCUUUUCCCGAAGGAAUUCCGUCUCUUGGUCAAACCUCGAAGGUACACAUAAUUUUUCCCGGGUCUCAGCAGUUCACGGGCUUCAUAUCUUCUGCGACUAUGGAUGGUCUUGGAUCCUUUGACCUUUCUUCGGAAGCCGUAUAUCAUGGGUUUUUAAAGGACUCUAUCCCACACGGUCCCUUUGGCCUUGUUACCAUGUCUCAAGGACUGACAUAUGCGGGCGAGUUUGUCGAUGGUAACCUAACUGGCCAAUCACUUAUCCUCUUCUCCGAUGGGUCUGCGUUCAGAGGUCAGUUUUCCGAAAACAAUGCAAACGGCUAUGGAGCAAUACGAGUGGUGAGUGCAGGGGUAGACUUUGCUGGCUCGUUUAUUGCCUCUGUCCCCACUGGGUUUGGAGCAAUUGGAACGGGGCACUGGCGAAGAUACAUAGGCAGCAUAGGUAGCGCAGAGAAAGAGGCUUGCAGUGUUUACAUAGGAGACUUUUGUGAUGGUGAGCCGGAUGGCAUUGGGAUGUCUAUCGUGGCAGGAGCAGAUGAUCUAACAGGUGCACGCAGAUAUAACAGAUUUUUCGGGUCGUUUUACGGAGGUGUAAGAUCCGGCCCUGGAGUUCUCUAUACAGGCAACAAUGACAUGCUUAUUGGCACAUUUAUCAAUGAUAAAAAGUCAGGACUCUUCAUGCACAUUGAAGGCGCAAGCAAGCAAUGCGAAUUCAGACUUUAUGAAAGUGACGUCUGUCUAAAUUCUCACAUGCUUAGAGGGGUGUAUUUCAAGCAGCCGUGGAUGUUAAUGAAUAUAUACUUAGAUCUACAAACGAUGUGUCCAGAAUUAGUGGAUAUUCGUGCUGCAUUUGAUGACUUUUUAUCUGAGAUGGACUACUGUCUUUCGUCAGGCCUCGACUCCAUCUUCAAUGGUCGUAACAAUUACAAGAAAUCGAAAAAGUAUCCUAUAAUAGACGUGAUUCUGGCCCAGAGUACGCGGCAGUCUGUCCCCUGUAACACACGGCUAAUUACCGACUGUCGUGUGUCCUACCCAUGGAUCACAGACGCUUUAGCUAGGCAUGUUCGCUAUUGUACGGACACAUGGACUACUGUCCAUUAUGAUGCGUAUUCUGACCAUGAUGUAGCCAAAGAUAGGCCACAGGAUUGCUUAGGCCCUUCAAACAAAGUGCGCUCAUCGACCCCUACGUCACGGACGGCCAAGAAUAACAUGGCUCUCAGUGGAGUGACCUCUCGGGCCAGUGAGAGAACUAACGCUUCUCUAGUAAGUUCAAAGCUUUCUGUCCAACAGUCUGUUUUCAUGGACAAGGUGGAUAGCCUCAAGUCUUCCUUACUAUCCUGCUAUGAUAUCCUUCACUUUAUCUUCUGCAUUUACCGGGCCCAGGAAGUGCUACUUCUUAACGAGCAUACAAAGAUGUUUUCCGAUCAGAAGACAGUAUUCAGCAUUGAUGUAAUGGCUGAGGAAUUGGAUAAUAAGGACUCCAAGCCCAGAUAUCCGAUGUCUUCAGAAAGCUGUUCCUGGAAAGUAGGUGCAUGUGCAGUUUUUAAUCCGCAGCAUUGUAAAGGUCUUUUAGAUAGUGUCCCAGGCCCUUACAAAGACCCAACAUCGCCGUUUCUUCUAGGACAUGCGGUCAACGAAAUGUUUAGCAGUACCGAUGAAGGACAGAACUCCACUGAGUCGAAUGAGAAGCGUGAAACAAGCACCCCAGGAGAGGACGCUGAGCACGUCUCAGAGUCCAAGCAGAUUAAACAAGGAAAAGAGCAAGAACCGACAAGGGUUACUCCGGCUCGAUGCUUUGGAGUGGAUGGUAAUUAUCGCGCAGGUGCCCUUCUUUCAGAUAUUGUAGACGUUGACAUGUCACGAGCUGCCAAAACAGUUGCAGGAGCCUCGAGCUAUGACAAUGAACUCGUCCUGGCUAUAAUCAAGAUUGUAGAGACAAACGAGACUGUUUCCCUAUUCACUCUAGAGCGUUUACUCUUAGAGUUAUUUUGUUCUAACCGCGUGCUUGCAACAUACUUCCUUCCCAACUAUAAGGAAAUACAGAGGAUUGUACGAAAUAUAUGCAAGCCGUCAGAUGAAUACUUGAUGGCUCGAACACUUGGAAUAGACACUGACAAGUAUAUCUCCAAAAAGCACGAUACCGAUUUUGAAGGUUUUGUAGAGAUAAUUAUUACCUUGGCAACGCUGUUAGGUCCACAAGUUUUGGCUUCUGUUAAGACAGAUGUUCUGGCCUCUCCAACGAGUCUCUUCAAUGUACUAAACACAGGUUCUAAAAUGACAAGUAACGUUCUUGCAAAAGGCAAUGAAUCAUCGGCGCCGCUGGACAAUCUACUGAGGUAUAUUGUCGUACCAUUUGGCAACAUGCUAUUAAAACAGCUUACUAUUGUCACGCAGAGCAGCGAGAAAGCUCAGUCCAUCCUCGAACCUCUGUUUUCUUUCAUGCAAAAGGAGGAUAAAACAACCAGAGAAUGUCUUAAAAUGGUUCUAUCAAAGCUAGGCAACCACGAUGGACUGAUGACAACUGGGGGUCUUGACACAGGCAUGACAGACUCCGUACGGAUAGGCGCGCUUUCACUCACAGCCAAGGGGUCCUCUAUGAAUCUGCUGAAGUCCACAUCGAGCUUGAGUCAAUCUAGACUGCAACACAAUCCCGACGCAAACAUCAAGCGUAUGGUGACACCAAUAGCCAGGCUCCGCGAUCCAUCACGCUCACUGAAUCCCUUUGAAAGUGCAUUACUAGGAAGUCUCGCCCUAGCCAAUCAUCUAGUGGACCUUUUUGUAGCAGAACCGCGAGUCCUGGCGCAGAUAUACGAUGCUCCAUUCUAUGCAAUUAAUUCCAAGUUGUGGAGCACAAUCAUCUCUAGUCCAUUCAUCGUAUAUCAAUACAAUCGGCUGUUUUCUACGUUAGAACUAGAUAGCAGAUCCUACUAUACGUACAAUACAAAUGUAAGCCUCUUGGAUGUAUUUAAACACAUUAAUGAGGUCUUUCAGACGAUAUUUGUCCGUAAAUUGGACCACGUUGUGGCCGAUACCACUGAGAAUGACGACGAUGAUCGAUUGUUUUCAGAACAGAAUAGUACGACAGAGGAUGUAGAUCACGGUGCGCAAAUGUUGGCAGAUACACUUGAAGAAGUGGUAGAUGGCGAGGUUGUUGAGGAAGAUAAGAUUGAAAGCAAAUUGUUCGUAGAGAGAGCUGCCCAAUGCCUUCUAACGCAAUUCUCCAAUUACAAUAUAUAUACCAGCUCGUUGAGCGACACAGAAAGUAGUGGGCGGGAAAUCCGGUUUGCAGUGCAAUCCACAGCUGAUGCAGUCAAGGACAGUCUUGAUGAAGUUUCUGCAUCUUCUAAAGAACAACCAUACGUAAUUUCAUACUCUGGUACAGAUGAUCAAAUGUAUGAAAUCGUAUCCCAACUGAUUGAACACGAUGCUACGCCUUUAUUAUACCUAGUAGCUGUUGUUUCACACUGCUAUUGCUCUGACGCAUGCUUUGAGCGAAUCAUAAAAAGAAGUAGUAAAGAAGGUAGUAGUGAGGGAAGUUUUAACCUCCCCUCGACAGCGGAGUCCAGUGCUCUAACUAACUCGAUGCUUCUAGCAACAGAAACCUUGAGAGACGAAAUCUACGAAGCGGUCGCUGGGACUUUUUUCGCAGAUGAAGCAAUGCGGUGCCUGAUUGAGUGCAUCCAAGGAGCGCAUGCCCUCUUAAGGAGAUCCAAGGAAGAAGCCAGUGAGUAA